AUGCCUGUCGACUUUUCCGGUAAAUGGGCCGUCGCUAAAUUCGACGAUUUCUCACCAAUGCUCGACAAACUACAAAUACCCGAAGACAAGCGACCACCACCCAAUUUCAUCUCCAAACUCACAGUCGAGGUGAGACACAGUGGCGACUGCAUCGAGAUCGUCAGCCAAACCUCGAUGGGCGAGCGGGUCAACGCGGUCGAAGUCGGGAAAACUUGCAAGUUCGUCAUGUUCGGCAACAUGAUCGAGGCGGACGUCACAGCUGCUUGGGAUGGCGAUCGUUUGGUGAUCACCGAUACCGGCCGCGGUGUCAAGCUCAUUCGCGAGCUGGUCGGAGACCAAACCUUGUGCACGUUCGUCUUCGGCGAUGUUGAAGUCAAGCUCUACUACGAUAGAGUGUAG